AUGAGCUCAAAGUCUUUUUUCGAGACGCUCAAAGCGCUCAUUCGGCAUCCAUUCGUGGAGACCUUUACCUGGCUCUACAUCACCCUGCAAGCGGUGUUGACUUACAUAUUUUCUCCUAUCCCUCCACCUCCCACGGCUCAGAAUGAGAAUAUCCCCCGAAAGAGAGUCGCGGUCAUUGGCGCAGGCCUGACAGGUGUGUCCUCGGCCGCCCACUGCGCUGGCCAUGGCUUUGAUGUCCAAUUAUUUGAAUCCAGACCAAAGGAAAGCGGCUUGGGUGGUAUCUGGAGUAGAGUCAAUUCUACCUCCGCCUUGCAAGUUCACAGUGUCAUGUAUCGUUUUCACCCUUCGGUCAGCUUCGAUAGAGCGUAUCCCACCCAGCAGCAGAUCAAGAAUCAAAUCAUUGAGCUCUGGAAACGCUACGAUCUGGAGAAACGUACGGUAUUUGACACCAAGGUGACAUCUGUGAAGAAGACCGAGAAUGGCCAGUGGAUUAUCAACGACGACGAAGAGCAAUACGGAUUGUUCGACGGUAUAUUGGCUACAGUAGGCGUUUGCGGAGACCCGAAAAUGCCGCCCCUCCCCAACCAGGACAAGUUCAAGGGCCAGAUCUGUCACUCCUCUGAGCUGGAUGGUAAGAAUGCCAAGGGCAAAAAGGUGCUCAUCGUGGGAGGCGGCGCUAGCGCCAUCGAGGCCCUGGAGUUCGCCGUCAAGAAUGGCGCGGCCGAGAUCGAUGUCCUUUCUCGAUCUGAUAAAUGGGUCAUCCCUCGAAACGUGCUUGUUCAGUCUUUGUUGGCGUGCAAUAUUCUUGGACAGGAAACAGCACUUUCGUGGAUUCCCGAGUGGCUCCUACGCAAGUUCUUCUACCGCGAUCUCCAAGAUAUUGCACCAACAGACAAGGGAAUCUUUACUACAACCCCGAUGGCCAACGAUGAGUUAUUCAAUCAGAUCCGCGAGGGCAAAGCUCACUGGUUACGAGGUGACAUCGUAUCAGUGGAAGAAAAUGGCGUGGUGUUCAACCAUCGGUCUAAGGGUGUUCCCAAGGGAGGUCCUGGCCACGAUCGACUGGUUGAAGGAGACAUCAUUGUCAUGGCAACUGGCUUCAAGCGACCUUCAUUGAACUUUUUGCCCGACGAGUGUUUCGAUGAACCCUACGGGCCGCCUAGCUGGUAUCUCCAAGUCUUCCCACCGAAAUACCCCGAUAUCUGCGCGAACAACAGUACCUAUGUCGAUGCUAUUGGUACGGUGGGCAACAUGCAUAUCGGAAUCUACACGAGAUUCUUGCUCAUGUUCCUGACCGACCCUUUGACCAGACCCACCGAAGCAUGGAUGAAGACCUGGAUUGACUUCACGAGGUUCAUGAAACGUCUGGCACCUACUGAGGCAUUUGACUUCUUCACCUAUGCCGAGCUGAUCUACUGGUACAUCUUUGUUCUUGUCAUCAACCCAUUCCGUUGGAAAUGGGCAUUGUUCGUGUUCUUCGGUAUUGGACGUGGCUUGCCCUUGAUGUUUGUGGAGCGGGAGAAUUCCUUCCGCAGGGAACUGAAGAAACAGCGCAAGGCGAGGAAAGCUCAUUGA